AUGGCAUCUCGUGCACGUAUAGAAAAAAUGUCGGCCGAAGUGGUCGAUUCAAAUCCCUAUAGUCGUUUAAUGGCAUUACAACGAAUGGGAAUUGUAAAAGAUUAUGAACGUAUACGACAAUUUUCAGUUAUGAUUGUUGGUGUAGGUGGUGUUGGAAGUGUAGCAGCAGAAAUGUUAACAAGAUGUGGUAUCGGAAAGUUACUUCUCUAUGAUUAUGAUAAAGUUGAAUUGGCUAAUAUGAAUCGUCUAUUUUAUCAACCUCAUCAAGCUGGUCUUACUAAAGUUGAAGCUGCUGCUGAUACAUUAAAAUUUAUCAAUCCGGAUGUAAUAAUUGAACCAUACAAUAUGGAUAUAACUAAAGUAGACAGUUUUCCUUUAUUUAUGGAAAAAAUUCGUACUGGUAAUAAAGACAAUUCAGGUCCUGUUGAUCUUGUACUUAGUUGUGUUGAUAAUUUUGGUGCAAGAAUGACAAUUAAUACAGCGUGCAAUGAACUUGAUCAGACAUGGAUGGAAUCUGGUGUAAGUGAGAAUGCUGUUAGUGGUCAUAUACAAUUAAUUGUACCAGGAAAAUCAGCUUGUUUUGCUUGUGCACCACCAUUAAUUCUUGCCAGCAAUAUAGAUGAAAGUACAUUAAAACGUGAAGGUGUUUGUGCUGCAAGUCUGCCAACUACAAUGGGUAUUGUUGCUGGUUUUCUUGUGCAAAAUACACUUAAAUAUUUACUUAAAUUUGGUCGAGUUUCAAAUUAUCUUGGUUAUAAUGCACUUGAUGAUCAUUUUCUUUUAUUAACAUUAAAACCGAAUGAAGAAUGUGACGAUUCAUUUUGUCGUAAAAGACAAUUAGAGCAACAAUCAAAUCCUACUGUUGUUGAAGAAACUCCUCAACCAGUAAAUGUUGAAGUAGUACAUGAAGAAAAUGAAUGGGGUAUUGAACUUGUUGAUAAUAGUGUUGAUGUACCAAAUGAAAAUACAAUUGAUCAAAAGCAUAUUCAAUUAGAUUCAUCAUCGACUGGAGCUGUUUCACUCAAUCAAGUAAAAUAUCAAUAUGUUCCAAAGGCAAAAUGUAAUCCACAAGUUGAUACAUCGGAUAAUGAAACAUCGGCUACAAGUACAACACGAGAUGAUGAAUUAUCAAUCGAAGAAUUGAUGGCUCAAUUGAAAAAUUGA